AUGGCGGCGGUGCUUCGUAGGAUUCUAUUCUCUCUAUUGGUUGUAAUUGCUUACAGCUUCAUGGUGGAUGCUGAUGAUACUAAGGACGAGGGUCAGGAUCGAGGGGCGCACGGCGCGCGCGCAGGUGUCUGGUUUGGCCCGCGUCUUGGUAAGAGAUCGCAGCGCAACGGUGAUUCGAGAGUGUCACUCCUGCGUUUGAUAGAAGCUGCUGAUUUAUUGAGGUAUUAUUACGAUCAACUGCCUAAUGAAUUGCAAAAUGAAGACAACGCAAUCUUUUCAAAACUGGGUCGUUCAACAAAAGACAAUGUGGAGUUUACUCCGCGACUCGGCAGGCGACAGACUGACCAAGAUAUGCCCUCAACGAAUAGCGACUAUGACAUCUACAGACAGGAGCCUAUGAUAACAGAUCCACGAAGCAAUCAUUUUUCCCCACGGCUCGGGAGAAAUUAUAACUUCUCCCCGCGACUGGGACGAGAAUUAUCGUACGCUUUAUAUCCGAGUGUCCGGGUGGUAAGGAGCGUAAAUGACACAAAAUCAAAUUAAAUAUAUUAUUGAUAAUUAAUUAUAGACAACUACCACCUUUUAUAACGUUUUGGACAAAUAUGUUUAAGUAUUAUUAAAGUUAUAUUGAAGUAA